AUGGCGGGCGGAGGCAUGUACACGAAGAUGACGGCGUCGGGCUCGUCGCUCAUGUCGAACCCGCGCACGAUCUCAAAGGAGCUUGAAGCCAAGAUCUCAGCGGCCAUCGCGGGUGUGAUCACGUCCCAGGACAUGUCUAAGCUCACGACGAAGCUCGUGCGGCAGGCGGUGGAGAAGGAGGUGCACGUGAGUCUGGCGACCCACAAGGACAUGCUGAAGCGGCUGAUGCACCAGGAGCUACGCAAGCUCAGAGCUGAGAAAGUGGCCAAGCGAGUGGAUAUCGUGGAGCCUUGGAAGAAUGCAAUGAGACGCGAGAGUCUUGUGAAAGGACUUCGUCGAGUGUACCAGCUGCAGCGUGAAGACCCAUUGAGUUUUCCCGACUGGGGACUGCACGCGAUUCAGUCCCUUUGUGAUCUGCAGGCAGUGGAGAAGGGACAAGUGCAGCGACUGGCGACGCUCUACGCCCGACUGAUGGGAGCUCUGUGGCUUGGGGAAGACCGCCACGCAGAUUGGACGUCCGGCUCGAUUCCCACGCCUACACAGCUUGUCCAUGUUAUUCGAGCUGUUUAUGUGGUAGAGCGCCUCGGGAUCUCCCACGUGCGGCGUGUCGAGCUCUUGGACUUUUGUGAUCGGUCGCCUGCGUUCUAUAGUCCCAAAGAACUACUCGGGUGGAAUCCAGCUGAAGAGCCACCGUCGAUAAAUAACCACAGCAGAGUCUCUGUAUACGAGCAGCUGACGAGAGCACUGGUUCUGUGGCAUCACACGCACGAGCUUGGGAUACACAUCGGUUUCAUCUUGCCGCAGUUGCUUCAACAUCUGCUGUCAGUCUAUCCAUACAAAGGCCCCGGUGACCUAUCACCUCAAGAUUAUGCCGACCAAGUACGUUUUGUCACGACACUUGUGUUUGUACUUACGAACCACGGAAGACUGCGCUGCGAGACGGAUCUGCUUCCUCACGAGUACUUCUUCUUGCGUCACCAUGUUGCAUAUCACCUUGCACAACAAGAUGUGGAUUUGCUUGCGGAGACUUUACGGGCUUUGCGGUGCUUUGAAGGCUCAAAUAAUCUUGUCCAAGUGCGUCGUGGAAUGGCUUUCCUGUUGCUGACUCAACAAGAGGAUGGCUCUUGGGCAACUGAAUCGGCCUCGCAUGACACCGAACAACGAUACUUCUCAACUGUACAAGCGCUGUGGGCACUAUGUGAGCCUUUGCGAAUGGGAUUCGCACCAGCUUUCCCGGAGGCCACUCCCAUGCUGGAGCUACAUCUGAAUGCGGACAUCGUGGGCACUGACAAUCUUUCAUUGGGGGCCUCCAAUACCAGUGCAAGCGAUGUCAAAGAUAUACGUAUCAAUUCUGAGGUAGCAGCAGCAACGGCGGCAGCCCCAACUGACAUGGAAGAUGUAGCAACCCGCGUCGGCUUUCUGCAAGGUUUACUGGAUCAGAAUGGCGACGUGAAGAAUGUUUCUGCCGCAUUGGCUACUCAUGUGCUGAGCGCGCUCGCAGGUAUGGUGCUCACUGUCGAUAUUUUGAAGAGCACGGGUGUUGGGCGCACAAUUAAUAAAUUGCGCAAGCAUACCACGCCCUCGGUGGCGAAGACGGCUACGCAGCUUGUGGCGAAAUGGAAGAAAGAUUUGCUGUAG